UGUUUUUUUGUUUGGGGUUUUUUUUCUGCUCGGAAAAACACGCAUGAGUCUCCGGCAUGUCUGCGUUAAGAGUUGUGGUCUGCCGAACGCUUUGCAGCUUCAGUAAACAACGGCUGAGAAUGACCAUCCCCCGCGGGUCAGAAGUGCUGGCCAGAGGCUUCUCUCAGGCUGGAAACUGCAGGAACACGCUGAGGUGGGACCUUUCUCCAGACGAGAUCAAGUCCAUGACCAACAGCCUGAUUGCCAGAGUAAAAAAAGUCUACGACGAGAUCGGAUCUCUAAACGUGGAGAACGUCUCAGUCGAGAACACGCUGGAAGCCUUGGCUGGUGCCAAGCUGGACUACACAUCAUCACGGCAUGUUCUGGACUUCCCUCAGUACGUUUGUCCCAACAAAGAGGUUCGAUCCGCGAGCACAGAGGCGGACAAGAAACUGUCGGAGUUUGACGUGGAGAUCAGCAUGCGGCAGGACGUGUUCAAGCGCAUCACUGCCUUACAGAUCAAACUUCAAGACAGCCUUUCAUCUGAGGAGAAGAGAUUCUUAGACAGACUUGUUACGCUGGGCCAGAGGAAAGGACUGCACCUGUCUGCUGAUAUCCAGGAGGUAGGUGAAGUCAAAAGAACCUCCAAGCUCAUCAGUGAACUCUCCAUAGAGUUCAACAAGAAUCUGAAUGAGGACAACACAUUCCUUGUUUUUUCUGAGCACGAAUUGGGCGGGCUGGCUGACAGCUAUCUGAACGGGCUGGAAAAGACAGACGAGGGUCGGUAUAAAGUGACACUCGAAUAUCCUCAUUAUUACCCACUGAUGAAGAGGUGUCACAAUCCUGAAACGAGGAGGAAGAUGGAAGCAGCUUUUCACAGCAGGUGUAAAGAGGUGAACACCGUGAUCCUUGAACAGCUGAUCCGACUCAGGGCAAAGGUCGCAGCCCUGCUUGGUUACAGUAGCCAUGCAAACUAUGUGCUCGAGAUCAACAUGGCCAAAAAUGCGAGCAAUGUGUCUGACUUUAUAGAUGCAUUCUAUGACAGACUGAAGCCGAUUGGAAUCAAGGAGAGGAAAUAUAUCCUUGCAUUGAAGAAGAGGGAGUGCUUAAUGAAAGGCCUCCCAUUUGAUGGGCAGAUCAAUGCCUGGGACCUGCCCUACUACAUGAAUCAAGUGGAGCAGUGCAAGUUUGCCGUGAACAAGGACAAACUGAUCGAGUAUUUUCCUCUGGAGGUGGUGACAGAGGGACUGCUUGGUAUCUACCAGGAGCUUCUGGGGCUCACCUUUACCGAAGUGGAACACGCUCACGUGUGGCAUGAACAUGUCAAGCUGUAUUCAGCCCAUGACACAGAGACGGGGGAGGAGAUUGGGCAGUUUUACAUGGACUUGCAUCCAAGGGAAGGGAAAUAUGGCCACGCAGCUUGCUUUGGGCUCCUGCCCGGCUGCAGGGGACCUGAUGGAAAACGCAGGCUUCCUGUGGCGGCCAUGGUGGCUAACUUCACCAAGCCAAGAAAGGGCUUUCCCUCCCUCCUGCAGCACCAUGAAGUGGAGACGUAUUUUCACGAAUUCGGUCACGUCAUGCACGAGCUCUGUUCCAGGACCACUUUUUCAGAAUUCAGUGGAACUCUAGUGGAGACAGACUUUGUAGAAGUGCCAUCCCAGAUGCUGGAAAACUGGGUUUGGGAAAAGGAGCCUCUCAGAAGAAUGUCUCGUCACUACAAGGAUGGAACGCCAAUCCCAGACGACCUGCUUGAUAAACUAAUUGCCUCCAGAGUAGCGAACACUGGUAUGAUGAACCUGCGCCAGGUCGUCCUCAGUAAAGUGGACCAGUCGUUUCACUCCAGCUCUGGGUCAGACACCACCCAAGUGUUUGCAAAGCACUGCCAGGACAUUUUGGGGGUCCCUGCCACACCAGGCACCAAUAUGACCGCGGGUUUCGGUCACUUGGCUGGAGGAUAUGAUGGCCAGUACUACAGCUAUCUGUGGAGUGAGGUCUACUCGAUGGACAUUUUCUUCAGUCGAUUUAAAAAGGAAGGCAUUAUGAAUCCAAAGGUUGGAAAAGAAUACAGGAGGGUGAUACUGGAGGCCGGUGGCUCCCUGGAUGGAAUGGACAUGCUGAAAACCUUCCUGGGCCGUGAACCACAUCACGAAGCCUUCUUUCAGUGCAAAGGACUAAAUAAGUCACAGGAAACACUGCCAUCGUAGUUCUGUUUACAAUUUCUGAAACAUCUGGAGAUGCAAACUAAAAUGUAAACUAAAAAAAGUUCCACAAGAGGCAUAUAAUCUAUUCAGGCCUUCAGUAAAGAUAAUACAUGUGAAUAGUUUGUGGAUUUGUCAUCAAAUUUCAGCGACAACUUUGUGCAGAAGGGUCAAGACUGAAAGCCAACCAACGUUUACGCUAAGAUGUGAUGGUCUGCAGCACCAAAACUACAAAUGUUUUAAAGCUUUGCUGAAAUAAGGGACUUUGGUAUCCAGCUAUAUCACGUGUGUGCCAUAUCUGCAUAAGUUAGAAAAAUCUAAAGUCUAACCGUGUAACAGAAGUUAUAUUGUAAAGAGAGAAAACAAGGCACAGUUUAACACAUCACUGCCUCAGGCUGAUCAGACUGUGUUAUUUAUCCACACAGAUCCUGGUUAGCAUGACUGUACAAAUAUGGAUAAACAAAGUAUGCCUAGUGACAUGACAGUGUCAUGGAAAAUCAUCAGUGUAACAGCAGCUUAGUGUAAACAAAACCACUGUUAAAAAUAAAGCUGUUUGCUGUGACAAAGGCAGAUAUUGUGGAUGCCCAACUGAUGGAACUGAGCCCCUGUUGUCCACAUUAGUUUAACCCUAGACUUUCCUGUUAUCACAAUUAAAAAUGCUGUCAUAAAAGUAGGCAUUAGUAGGAAAGUAGUAGCUCCAUACCAAAACCCUGAUGUUGGAAAAGCUGAGUGGCAUUCAAGCAUCAUUAACUUAAUUAUUUACACUAAAUUCCUCAACCUUUUGAGCAACGCUACUUUGUUUUGCAACUUUCUACUUUGUGUAUGAGAGUAUGUUAUCAGUGCAUCACAGAUAGGAAAUUAUUUGAAAAACACUGACAGAGUUGAAGACAGUGAAAGCAGCAGCUGUACUUGAAGUACCUGGUACAAAAGGCACAGUUCUGAUCUUACAUGAAUCACCAGGUAAACCUUUUACCUGUUUUUUUGUUUCUUUAAAGGGGCCUUUUCUCAGAAUAAAGAGAACAAAUUGAGUAAAUACACAACAACACACACACAUAAAUAUAUAUAUAUAUAUAGUCAUUCAUACAAAUGUAAUUUGAUUGC